ACUUUUUGCUAAGAAUUAAAAAGCUUGAAUGAUAAUCUGAUGUUUCAAGAAUGAAAUGGACGCUUCAACCCCAAAUCAGAAAUACAUAUUUAUCCUCUAUGUUCUAUGUAUCUGGAUCACGUGUUAUUUUGUUCAGAAACGAGGUUGUGAUUUCACAAAGUCUUCUGGCUUUACCAUAUUGUAGAGAAGAAGGUCUAUAGAACCAGAAUGUCCAACUCUCACACAAAUCAGAAGCUUGAGGAUGUGAUGAAAAGACCUUUUUCAUUUUGGGCUAAACUGUCGCUUUAAAUUUGCAUAUUUUUCUAAGUCAAGGAAUGUCAUAAUUUGACAGGUCUAUGAUUAAAACACUUCAUUAUUAUUUUAACAAGUUGUGUUUAACUUCCUGUUGACGUUGCUGAUGCUUUCUGGUUGGGUAUCUGUAGGUAAUUUACUUUCAAACUAACUAAUCAAUAUUUACUGAGAGCGGAUUCUCUCUCACAGGGUUUAUGGGGAUUGGUACCUGCUGGCUGGAGGUCUGACUGACACCAUCAUCAUCUCCAUCACACAGACCAGAACCAGUCAGAUCCAGUUCACACCAGGAUGUUCAGGUACACUCCUCCCUGGCAGGUUCUCUGUUACAGCCUGGACCACGACAACAAGAGACUCGCGUCCGUCGGCCGUCAGAAUGCUCGCACUCCUCACGGCCUCCAAUCACUGAGCUCCGUUCCGCGCCUCCCUCCCCCUGAGCCCCCGUCCCCCGCCGGCCCCGCAGCGCCCCCGGCAACCAUGGACAGCAUCCCGAGGAACUGGGUGCUGAAGCCUCUGUCCCCCCUGUUGCAACCCUCGGACCUGCGCUCCAUCGCCGGCCCGCCGCCGAGCGCGUCCCCGGACCCCGACGACCGGGCCUUCAGGUACGACAGCAUCUCCGUCGCUCGCAGCUACUCCUCCGUGCUGGUCUCCUCCGAGCGGGACGACGGGUGCAGAAACGUGGCCCGGGCUCGGCAGGUGGUCGUGUCACGGGACGGGGGGCACUCGAGCGACGAGUGGGCCGCGGGCAGCCCCAGCGACGCCGGCAGUGGCGCCGGCAGCAGCCUGGGCUCCCCGUGCGGCUUCUACUCCUUCGUGGAGGACCCGGCGAGUCCCGAGGCGGAGCUGAACGAGGCCUGGAUGGUCUCCCCGCAGCGGCAGACUCAGCUGGCCGUCCUGAAGCAGGAGAACGGGUUCAGGCUGCAGACCUACGCCAGCCGGAAGCCGGAGAGCCUCUUCGCAGAGAGCGAGGGGGACUCGUUUUACAGAAUGGACCCGGACAGCGGCAACGGCGUCGUCCGGGAGGAGGAGGAGAAACGGCUGCGCAAGGAGAUCAUUCACGGCCAAGCGCCGAAGAGCAACCCGACGUUCAAGGGCCGGCCGAGUGCGCCGGACGACCUGGAUCCGAGAAGCUCCACGGACAGACUGAUCGAAGGUUUCAGCAUGAGUUACACGUCCGCCGCCUCCGGAGCAGAACCCCCCCGCCCUUCUGAGCCCGGGACCGUCGACGUGGAGCGGAUCAGCUUCAGCGCUGCCCGGCAGCAGUUCUUGAAGAUGGAGCAGGAGCGGCUGGCUGCACCGCCCAGCCCGCUGAGGUCCUCCAGGACACAUCUGAACGCGCAUCUCCAGCCGCAUCCUGACGUGUCCUCGUCAGAGCAGGUGGACACACGCCACGGGCUGCAGGUGAGCGAAGACGCAUCCACGUUUGUCCUAACUGAAGAAGAAGACGAGACCCACCCUGAGAAGAGGGUGGCGGGGUGGCGGGCCGAGGAGGGUCUCAGCCGAAAGAGCAGUCUGUUCGAGGACCUGGACUCCGGCCCGGAGGAGCUCACUGUGGAGGUGGGCGACGGAGGCUCGUCCUGCGACCGCAAUCAGCAGGAGGACAGGAGCUGCAGGUCCACCAGCGACUACGAGACCCCGAUUCAGAGGGAGAUCCGGUUGGCUCAGGAACGCGAGGAGAACCUGCGGCGCUCUCGAGGGAUCUCGCUCAGCGACAGGAGAGACGAGAUGGUCGAGAUCAAAACCAGACGUUUUCAGUCGCCACAUCCGCCGGUCAAAGCUAAAGAAAAGAACCAAGUGUCCUUCAUCGUGCAGAGUGAGAUCCAGGGGGACAACCAGGGGAAGGAGGAGCCUCAGCCACGAGGACCGAUCCCGGGACGAUACGGUCAGGAUUCUCCACAGGAGCUGGAGUUUGACCCACAAGACGGGGAGGAGAAGACAGAAGAAAGACCUCGCUCUGAAUCGGGAGAUGAGGAAGUCUUCCCAUCGCCAUGCUGUCCUCAUCGACACCCCGAGGAAGCCGAGUUGUACAUCAGCAGAAAGAGUUCAGCUCCCUCUUCCUUCUCCGUGAGGGGCUCACAGGUCCAGGACAGGAGACGCCUGAGCCAAGAUCAAACGACUGCUUCGUAUUUCCACUUCUCCUCCUCCUCCUCCUCUGCCUCAUCCCCGACACGUUUGUCCUGGAAGGAGAACCUGGAGUCCAACGGCCUGCAGUCCAGAGGGAAAGGAGCUCCAGAUUUCAUCGAGAAGGAGAUCGAGGAGGCCCUGAGACGGGAACAGGAGCUGAAGGACCUGAGGGAGUCCAGGGAGGAAACUGAUGGACACGUCUUCUCACCAGCUCCUCUGUUGGAGCAGGCGAACAAAGUGGCCAUUAGUCAGUUCUACCCGCCUCAGAAAACAGAUCAACCCGUCAGCGUGUCGUCUCCGUCUCCUCGUCCCUACAUCCGUCUUCCCUCCAUCUCCUACAUCACGGCCCGGCCCUGGUCCUCCUCACCUCCUCCAUCUGCCAAAUCUCACCAGAGGUCCACACCCCCCCCCAUCCGCCCCUCCUCUCCUUCUCCGGCGGCGGCCUGGUCGCCCCCACCUCCACCCAGAGGUCUGGCGGAGACUCUUCUGGAGGACUUCAAGGAGAGACGAGUAAAAGGGAAGCUGGAAGAGAGCGUGUAUGCAGGAAUUCAGCCGGUGGAUGACGUGAAUAACGAGGUUGUCGAAUCGACUCGAGUCAUUCGACAUAAAAACCAACGCGCUCUGCGCUGGGAGGCCGGAGUGUUCUCCAACCAGCAGGGCCAGUGAGGCCAGUAGGACCAGUGAGAUCAGCAGGACCAGUGAGACCACGCCGACUCCUCUGGUUUGUCUCUUCACUAACAGGACUUUUUCUUGAACUAAAAUGGGUUUAAACUGGAAGGCUCUAAAGAAGCGGAUGCUCCUGAUUGGUCCCCUCUCCUCGUCCAAUCAGCUGCGAGCUGCUGAAGUAGAGCCUCAGACAGAGUGGAUGUAUCUGAUUGAUUGAGGAAAUGAAGAGUUAACGUGAGUGAAGAAGAGCAGUUUGUUUGAUCCCCUCUUGCAGCAAAAAAUAAAGUUUCUGAUUGUUUUUUAUCAUUUUAAACUGAUGCAUCAAAAAAAAAAGAAAAAAAGAAUAACAAAUAUUUUUCAAAAUUUCAAAAUAAGAGAUUGAGUAGGUAUAAAUUGUUACCACUAAUUUGUUAAAGUUCACAGUAGAAAACGACAGUAUCGUUCAAAAUCAAAAUUGUAUUUGUUAAAUUAAAGAAAAAUCUGGAAAUCUUGAAGUGACAGUAAUUGACGUUCAAACUUGAUUGUAUUAUUAUAUUAUAUAUGUAAAGUAAAUGGUUGGAUUCCAAAGCGAGUCUCCAGGGAACCAAUAGAGGCACUGAAGAAGAAGAAGUGGUUUUAUUUAACAUGGACGUAAGCAAUUCAGACUUUAAACUAUUCAAGAAUGAUACAAACAGAAAUGUUGUUUCUCAACAAGAUUGUUUAACUCAAAAAAAUACCGAAAUAUGAAAAAAUCAUUGGGCGAACAAAGAAUGUUGUGACAGAAAAAUAUGCAAUUUUUACAAUACAAUGUAUAAAGGAAAAAACAAGAGACCCAAAAUGAACUUGUUCUAAUAUUUACUGGAUACAACCAAAAUAAUAUAUCUACAACCAUGAAUACACGUAUAUAAACGCCUGGCUAUUCAUACGAUAAAUCACACAUGACAGGCACACACACACACACACACACACACAUAUUCCUGGUUUCUGUAGCCAUGGCAACACACUCGAUUGCCUCCAGAAAGAAUAAAGAGGGUGUGUGUGUGUGUGUGUGUGUGCUGUUGCUUAACUAUGUCUAUGAGGACGAGUUGGCGAGGGAGUGUGUCUGUGUGUGAUUAAAAGAACAAAGUGUGUAUUUCUGUGUGGAUCUUCUCAUUAAUCAUUUUUACAGCUACUUUUUUACUUUAUUUCUAUAAUUUAUUAAAAAAAAGCUUUGUCACAGCACAUAAUUUUUCAUCAAGAGAUGGAGUGCUUUCAAAAGGAAAUAAUUAAACAUCUAAGUAAAUUUAUGUUAAUAUUUAUGCUAUGUUUGAAUACCAAUAUAGUAUAUAAAUAUUUUAUAGCUUUAAUAAAACACGAUGACAAACACGAUUAAAAAAUCUGAAAAACUGUGUGUUUGUGCCUUUGAGCUCUUAUCUCUAUAUCACCCAUCAAUACAGUUGCCAUGGAAACUGCAUAAUGAGCCUGAUGGUGCAGGACAUACGGCUGCGAGUGAGUGAGCGAGACUGUGUGUGUGUGUGUGUGUGUGUGUGUGUGUGUGUGUGUGUGCAUUCAUCUGUGUGUAUGUCAGUAAAAUCAAAUGUCUUCAUUUUGCAUCUCUGAAUGUUUGCGUUCAUUUUUUAAACUUUCCUGUUUGCUGAGUCAGCGAGUUUCUUCAUGUGAGUCAGGACUAAAAACAUCACAGUUAAUCAGGUUUAACCGGCAGGAAUCAGGUUCUUGACUAAAUAAACUGUAAAAAAUGUUCUUUUACAGCAGAAACAGGCUGAAUCAUCUAUCAAGAGAGUUUACAAUCUCACAUAAUGACCAGCAUCUCAAAAUAUUAUUGUGCACAAAAGAAAGUUUAUUUUAAAUUUUGUGUUGAAAAAAAAACUUGACUUGCAAAGAUAUUUAAAUAUAUAUUAUCGUUAUAUAAGUAUAUUAUUGGGCAUGUUGUAUAAAAUAUAUGUAAUAUUUAAUUUUUUAUAGUUUCUUUAUAUAUCAUUUCUUUAUACCUUUAUUUCAAUUAUCUCUAGUUUUACCCCUUUUGGUUUAUUUUUAGCUUUUACAUAAACUUUUUUUUUUUUUUUAAGUGUAAUAGUCAGAAUCAAAGCAUGUUGAUUUACAGAGUUCCAAUGAAAACUGUGUGUUGAUAUUACAUCUGUUGCCAACUAAAGGACACAAACUCAUUAAGAGCAGCACAUGAUUCUUUAAAAGAUGAAAUAUGAACUAAUUUAAUGUGAAUAAUAAAUAUCCCACCUCGUC